AUGAGGAACAAGGUAAGGCUCUCCUUCUCUCUCUCUGCUGGACUAAGAGCCUCUGGAAAGAACUCAGCCCCAACAGUGGUGUCAGAGAUCCUAGAGGGUUCCGUGACUCUCUCACUAAACCUCUCAGUAGACACAGAGAUUGAGCACGUCGCCUGGAUUGGUCCCCCAAAUGCUCUUGCUUUAGCAUACCCCAAAGGAGAUGUAACCUUUAUGGUCAAAGGCUACUAAAGCUGACAUCAGAACCUGACCCUGAAAGAUGCAGGAUCCUGCAAAGCCCAGAUAAACCAAAAGAAUUCUGAAGUCACCACUGAGGAGGAAUCCACCCUGCACAUCUAUGGUGAGAUCCAGAGAGCUUCAUCUCAGGCACCCUGAGUCACCACAAAGUCUGUGAAGCUGUAUGAGAAUGCCUUCUGUAACAUCACCCUGACAUACUUUGUGAAAGAAGCAGGAAAAGGUGUUCUGUACAGUUGGACCCCAAGGGACCCCCAUGCUUCUAAGUGCUACAGAGCCUCCAGUCUCACCAUCUUGAUGCCAUGUGACCCAAAGCUGCCAUACACUUACUUGCACAGCCUGGAACCUGGUCAGUCCCAGCAGCUCCCACCCUACCGAGGAACAUGCAGAGGAGGAACAAUGGGGGAGACAAUGGUGGGGAACCCAGGAAAUCCAGUCACCCUGCUCCUGGCACUCCUGGCCAGUGAGGACAUAGAGAAUCUGGUCUGGAUAUUAAACACAUCUAUUACCCACAAAGAAAGUGAGGAAGCAGCAACAGCAGAUCUGUUCAUUAAAGCCAAGGAUCCUGACAAGAACAGGGUGUGCGUCUCUGGCCAGGACUACUCCUUGAAGACUGGCCAACCAAAGACGGAGGACGCUGGCCCUGCCAUCUUAGAGGCCUCUAGAGUCACCAGCCCAAAACAUAUGACUCUACUCUGCUACCGGCCUGAAAGAAACAUGAAGCUUUGGGUUGGGAUCUCCCUGAUGGUUUCCAACCUUCUCUGCAUAAACUCAGCCGCAAUUUACUGCUCCAUACAGAAGUCUCAGACUGUGGCGCCACCACCACAACAGAAUGAUCUUGAGUUUGCUGAAAUCCCUACCUAUGAAUAUUUCACUUGA